GACUCGACCUUCCAAUACAAAUACCGGCAACAGAUCCGCGACCGCUAUAACUUGGAUCAGUUCUGGUGCGACGUAUCCGUCGACGAGUUGGCCCUCUUUGACGACUCGCUGGCCGACAAGCUCUGCAGACAGCCGGUCGAGUACCUCAAGAUCCUGGAGCUCGCGGCUACGGAAGUGGCCGAUGAGGUGACCCGUCCGCGCGCUGACGACACGGCCGUCCAGUCCAUGCAAGUGAUGCUCGCGAGCGACGCCCACCCCAUAGCGCUCCGGGAGCUGAAGUCGGACCAGAUCUCGCGACUCGUGAAAGUGCCGGGCAUUGUGAUCGGCGCCUCCAAUGUCAGGGCGAAGGCCAUCAAAAUGUCGCUCCAGUGUCGCGGCUGUCGCGAGAUUGUCAACGACGUGAACAUCAGCGCCGGCCUCGAGGGCUACCUAUUGCCGCGUAAGUGUAACAGCGAUCAGACGGGACGGGCGGUCAAGUGCCCGAUCGACCCGUACUUCAUAAUACCCGACCGCUGCGAGUGCGUCGACUAUCAGCUCCUGAAGCUCCAGGAGGUUCCCGAGUCGGUACCGCACGGGGAGAUGCCGCGGCACCUGCAGCUCUACUGCGACCGCUACCUGUGCGAUAAGGUAGUGCCCGGCAAUCGGGUCACUAUAGUGGGCGUGUAUUCCAUCAAAAAGGUGUCCAAACCGGCCAAAGGGGUGAACGAGUCGAGAGCGACGAUCGGCAUACGGGCGCCCUAUAUGCGAGUGGUGGGCAUUGAGGUGAACAGCGAGGGCCCCGGGAGGGCGGCGUCCGUGCCCUACACGCCCGACGAGGAGCAACUGUUCCGCCACUUAGCCGCCACGCCCAACAUCUACGACCGCAUCGCCCGAUCGAUAGCGCCGUCCAUUUUCGGCGCCACAGACAUGAAGAAAGCCAUUGCAUGCCUGCUGUUCAGCGGUUCCCGCAAACGACUGCCCGACGGACUCAACCGCAGGGGUGACAUCAAUGUCCUAUUGCUGGGCGAUCCGGGAACCGCUAAGUCACAGCUGUUGAAGUUCGUGGAAAAGGUGGCGCCUAUUGGUGUCUACACGUCGGGCAAAGGCUCGUCGGCGGCCGGUCUCACGGCUUCCGUAGUCAGAGAUCCCGCUUCGCGCAAUUUCGUGAUGGAAGGCGGCGCUAUGGUGUUGGCCGACGGGGGCGUCGUCUGUAUCGACGAGUUCGACAAAAUGCGCGAAGACGACAGAGUGGCCAUACAUGAGGCGAUGGAGCAGCAGACCAUCUCCAUAGCCAAGGCGGGCAUCACCACAACGCUGAACUCCCGGUGCUCGGUGUUGGCCGCGGCGAACAGCGUGUUCGGCCGCUGGGACGACACCAAAGCCGACCAGAACAUCGACUUUAUGCCCACGAUUUUGGCCCGUUUUGACAUGAUUUUCAUCGUGAAGGACGAGCACAACGAGCGCCGGGACGCCACGAUCGCCAAACACGUGAUGGACGUACACAUCAACGCGCAGAAGACGGUGGACGAGUCCUCCGCGGAGGGGGAACUCAGUCUGAAUGUGUUGAAAAAGUUCAUCUCUUACUGCAAAUCUAAAUGCGGUCCGCGUUUGUCAACGACGGCCGCCGAGAAGCUCAAGAAACACUACGUACUGAUGAGGAACGGUAGCCGCGAGCACGAGCACGAGAUCCAGAAGCGGUCGGCCAUACCGAUAACGGUGCGCCAACUGGAGGCCAUUAUCCGCAUAUCGGAAUCGUUGGCCAAAAUGCAAUUACAGCCGUUCGUGACGGAGGCGCACGUGGAUGAGGCGCUCCGGCUGUUCCGCGUGUCGACACUGGCGGCGGCCAUGUCUGGCGACCUGUCGGGCGCCGAGGGCUUCACCAGCGAGGAGGAGCACCAGUCGAUGCUGCGGCUCGAGAAGCAGAUUAAGCGCCGGUUCCCUAUCGGCGCCCAACUCUCCCAACACGCCAUCGUCGACGACCUCUCCAAACAGAACUUCAGCGAACAGUCCAUUCAGAAGGUGUUGUUCUGUAUGUUGCGAAAGGGGGAGAUCCAACACCGCAUGCAACGCAAAAUGCUGUACAGGAUUAAGUGA